AAAAUCAAUGAUGACGGACGUGUGAAGUGAAGACGAAGCAGUCGAGUCCGUCAGUUGAAAAGAUUUUGCUAGUUUAAAGUCCGAUUUCCAGUGAAUUUUAUCGUUCGAUUCGUGCAAAAUACGCUGAUAAAGUUGCACUUUGAUUCAGAAGUUAAAUAUUCACAAAGAUUUUGGGUUUUAACUACUAUUUGGAGCCAUUGGGUGCUAAUUCUCGUAAGCUACUAUUUUUCGCGUAUUGCUUCUGGAAUGAUUAUCGACGGUGAUCGAUAGUGGUGCUGAUUAAAUACAAGGAAAAAAAUACGUUUUGCUGAUAAAAGUUGCCCUAUUCCUGGAGCGGAUACAUAUUAUUUAGCCUUUACAAGUGAAGGCGUUGCAAGCUCGCCGAAAUGAUAAACCUGAAGGUGAAGACGCUUGAUUCUCAGAAUCAUGAUUUCAGCGUGGAGGAUGAUAUCACUGUGCGCCAGUUCAAAGAACAAAUAGCAGAAAAGAUAAAUGUUGGUGUGGAAAUGCAACGUUUAAUCUACUGUGGUCGAGUGUUGAGCGAUGACAAGGCUCUCAAGGAAUAUGAUGUCAACGGAAAAGUCGUCCAUCUCGUCCAGAGAGCUCCACCCUCGGCACGGGGAAAUAGUUCCACUGGAGGGGGCUCCAACGACGAAGGGACAAGAUCCUCGGCUCGACGUUCCCGCAGUAGUGACAACGCCGCUCGUCCACAAAUAUUCCGUGGCUUGGAUGAUUUCAACACCAUGUAUUUCGGUUCGAUGACUUCUAUUCCAUUGAAUGUUAAUGCUACGACUCCUCCACAAAUUCCAACAGUGAGUCCAUCAUCAACACUGUGCAUGAAUCGCAUUACUGUCGCUCGUCAUAUGCUUCAGUGUGCCGAUAAUAUUGUCAACUACUUGGAAACCCCGGAAAGGGGUUUAAACAACACCGCGAUGGAUAUUCUAUCUCAGCAAACAAUGGAGUCUACCGUGUUCGAAGUGGGCAUUAGUACAGUCGGAGACGUAGACAUUCCACACAAUCAGAUGCAAAACUUCGUCCAAGCUUUUCAGGGUGCUGUUUCUGCUGCUUUUCGUCAAAAUGGAAUAUCUAACGUGACUGUUCAACAGCAGGAUACGCUGAAUCCUUCGGUGCAGGUCUUCGGAACUAUACCAGAUUCUGCUAUCAUUACACCUCCUAAUACCAGUGCUACAGCUACACCAGCACAGGAAAGUUCCGGUGCUUCAUCGGGAAGUUCUUCGACAUCUUCAAGCACCUCGGAAUCCAGUGCUGAUUCCCGGAGACAGGCUCGCCCAGAUUCUUCGCGUAAUCAAACUACCAGCACUCAAACGCUGGCGGAGGUAGUGCAACAAAUGCGAAACGUGCAGCGCAGAAUGGAACCUUUCAUGCAGCAAUACUACGAAAUUUUGCAGAAUGACCCGACCUACGAGGAAGGAGACUCAAUCGCUCGAGAAAACGCCCAGCGCGUAUUUGAUCGCAUAUCUGAAGCACUACAUUAUAUGUCCCAUGCCCAGCAUGCAGUUAGCGACUUAAUGUUGGAUUUGCAAACGACAACGCCCCGCCAUCUGUGCUGUCGACCGAUUUUGGUUGAGCAGUCCGCAUUCGUAAGUUCGGGAAUUGCUGCCGUUCCGAAUAACAUCAAUCUAGCAAACUUACUACGAGCAACUAAUAACAAUAACAACCCUGAGAUGGGAAACAACAAUAUUAAUGCACAGAUCAUCAACUUGUCGAUUCCCGGAAUCCCUACUCCAGUAGUCAACGGUCCAGCAGUGAUGCAGCCCCUGAACCCGAUCGGUUCUCAAAACAGACCAGCUGGCGCUUCGGCAUCAACUACUGGAACGGGUACAUCAGCGAUACCAAUCAUAACUGCCACUCCUGGAUCCGGCAAUUCUACCCCGCAAAGUCAAAUCCAACAACAACAAGGUCAGUUUGCUAGACCAUCUCUAGCCAAUCUUCCCGACGAUGUUGUCACUCGUGUAUAUAUACCCCUGUACGACCCUUCGACCGUUAGACGAAUGCAGAACAUCCUUCAGACGAUGGGACCUUCAGAAAGUUCAGCUACGAGAGCUGCACCUACCGCUCGAAACAAUAGUACGAACACCGCUGGACAGUCGGUGAACGAUGACUCGAUGACUGCAUCCUCCAAUUCCUCUUCUUCCACCAAUUCGCGGACGACCAGUGAGUCUGACUCCGUUAGCACGGGCUCUCCCGAACGAUUAGCGAACUCUAACAACGCCAACAAUAAUGCUCAGAUGCAGGUGGCUCGAUUGUUUCAGGCUGUUGUAAAUGCUGCUCCGAUCCAUGCCGAUAUUCACGUACAGAUAAACGCCGGUGGCAAUCCUCCGGCAUCAGCAGCGCACGGAGCUGCCACUACCAAUAGUAAUAGUACCACUACCAAUAGCUCGGGUGGAGGUCCGCAAGCAAAUCCAACGAUGACCAAUAACACAUCAACCAACGUCAAUCGAGGCAGUAACGACAGUGGAGCACAAUCGCGUUUUGCCACGGUUACCCUUCCGACUACUUCCACUCAGACGCGAUCGACGUCGAGACCGCACGUUCAUAGCAUCCCGCCGACGCAUGUGCGCAAUGUGAGACCCAUUCCGGCAAACAUGCUUUCCUCGUUCGAUAGGUUCCUUCCAUGCAACAGCCAUCAUAUCCGUGAGAACUCUGAUCGUGCAGCUUCGGAACCAACAACGGCUAGAAACAGUGCGGCCAACAGUAACAAUAAUAGUAGUAGAACCACUCCAACUUCAGUAGCUAGUCAGGCCAGUGCACCACCUUCAGAGAUUCUUACGUCGCUACCGUUCAAUUUAUUCGGUAGCCAGUUUACGUUAGCCGACUUCGAACAAAUUGUUCCCAAUCCAAACACAUUGAACCGGGUACGCGAUUCUCUACAGGCAUACGUCGUUGAAACAUUGUUCAGCGGACAAGCCAUUAGCGAAGCUGCUAUGCAAGAUGCCAUCAAUUUACUAAUCCAACGACUCGAGCCAAUUCUUUCACGCGUUUCUACCUAUGACCUUCCGGACUAUGACACGCGAGCUUCGAUUGAGAACCUGAUCCGCAGCUCCGUACCGUUCUGCAUUAAUUUGAUACGGGAAGACAGUUCGCAACAGUUUGGAGUUCGUUUGCUGCGCUUCCUAAUAUCCUUCGUCCGUCGUUUCUUCAUGAUUCUGGUUACCUGCGCCGGACCUGCAAAUGCACAGGCUUUCUCCGGAGAGUUAUUAAAUAUGGCAAUUUUCAGCACUCAGGAUGUACCCACUAUGAGCCCGGAUCUGUUGCACCUGUUUUUGCCUGCCAUUCAUCGGCAAUUGGAACGUUCAAGCCGACACGACCAACAAGAUAUUCAGGAAUUUUUGGUUGUCAGAAGACCCGCGCCUGGUCAGAGUCAAACACGCAACCGUAUCCCAAGUCCUAUGGACGUGGAUGAUACGGAGUCCACGACUACGCCGGAGCUUGUGUCUGACAUUGCUGAAAUAUCAAUUUCUAUUGAACCUCCAAUCGUCAAUAUUGAUCAAUGUGCAGCAAUUGUGAUUUCCGCGGCUCCGGCACCAUCAUCGGCGGUACCAUCGGUAACACUCCCAACGCCGUCUGUUGUUGCAGAUCCUUGCGAAGACGUGACAAUGACGAUCCCGAUGGCAGCAAGAAAUCCUCAGGUACCUCCGCCACCCACACGGACGGAUGACGAAGAAGUUCUACCGUCGGUAGUGGUGGGUUCUGAGCCAUGGCAUACACACUUGCCGUCCACUUGGGUGCCGGUAAUCUCGCAUGACAUCGUUCGACAGAGACGACAGAUGCAGCAAGGCCCUUACUCCGACGCGUACAUAUCCGGUAUGUCUUCGAAACGUCGCAAAUUGAUAGCAGAAACCAAACCUCCUGCGGAUAUUCCGUCACUGAUAGCGACCGGCGUGCGACAGGCUUUCCACAGCACCGGCGUCAAUCCGACUAGUUUCGGAAGUAGUAGUAAUCCCAGUAGCGCUGGUACAAGCAACACCGUCGCAAACGGCGGCACUGUUACACUGGACGAACUAGCCAAUACGAUAUCGGAUGAUCCAACACUGCAGAGUUCGUACUGUGAAGCGAUGAGAACUAGCAUACGAGAACGUUUAGCUAAAGAUCCCGACUACGAUGCGAAGCGAUUUCCAAACUGUUCAAAAUAUUUCGAAAAGUAGUAAAAUUUUACGGGACGUUGGGAUAAAGCAGGGAGAGAAGGUAAGCAUUGUUUGCGUUAGGUUUUAAAUGUCUGGCACAGAUGGCUUGUGAAAGUCUCUAAACAAGAAAACUGGAACAAAUGGUGCGUCACGAUGGCAAUUGUAGCUGCUGGAGUAGUGUUUUUAAAUUUGAUGUGGACAAUAGCGCAGCCUGAAGCUGGAGGUUUUAGACAUUAAAAUGGUAGAAUAAUAUGAUAAUUGGAGACGUGGCACUUCAAGCUAGACACAACACGUUUGAUUAAUCACAAUCAUGAAACAAAUUACCGAACGGAAAACCAAGCUUCACCAAUUGCGACAAGGAUUCGAGGGAAUUGGCAUAUAUUUUGUUAUUACUUAAAAUUGUUUUCGUGCAUAUUGUAUUCCUAUAAAUCGUUUAAUAAAAUUCACAGAAAUAAGGCACUGCUAUCAGACUAGACGGUUCCAAACAAAAAAAAACACAAAAUUUGAGCCUGCGUAAAUGUAAAUUGCUGGUUGAAAAAUCAUUGCCAAUUUUGACCGCUGAUUAGUACAGGCAAAUUUGCUACCAAUCACACAGGAGUAUAAAUAUAUUCUUUUGCAAAAUA